AUGGGCUCCAAGACUUCUAAAACCUUCCACAGGGGCCCAAAGCUUCUGGAUGAGCUGGCCCUGAUGGCCUUCCGACCCUCCAUCGCCGAGCCGGGCCAAACCCGGGGGUCCCCGCCCCCGCCGGACCCCGACCUCUCCCCAGAGGACCCCGACGCCCCGCCUUACCGUUCCGACGACCGUGCACCCCCACAGCCCGCCCUGCCUUCGCUUAAUGCCGCGCUACUUCAGACCUUAACGCACCUGGGUGACAUCGUAGCGAUUUUGGGCCCACUGCGUGACCAGCUGCUAACCCUGAACCAGCACGUGGAGCAGCUUCGGGGCUCCUUCGACCAGACCGUGUCCCUAGCUGUGGGAUUCAUCUUGGGCAGUGCGGCCGCCGAACGGGGUGUCCUGCGGGACCCACGCGAGCAGGAGGAUUGCAGGUUGAAGCCCAGCAAGGGCAAUUCAGAGAGGCCUUGUGCUGGACCACACAAAGUUGAUGGGCGUGUAGCGGAACUGAAGAGAGCCGUUUCUAGAGAGAGUAAUGUAAAGCCUGGCGCCCAUCUAACCGUGAAGAAAAUCUUUGUUGGCAAUAUUAAGGAAGAUACACGAGAUUAUAAUUGGAGAGACUACUUGGAAAAGUAUGGCAAGAUUGAAACCAUAGAAGUUAUGGAAGACAGGCAGAGAAGGGAAAAGAGAGGAUUUGCUUUUGUAACUUUUGAUGAUCACGACACAGUUGAUCAAACUGUUGUUCAGAAAUACCACACUAUUAAUGGGCAUAAUUGUGAAGUGAAAAAGGCCCUUUCCAAACAAGAGAUGCCGUCUGCUGAAUCACAAAGAGGUCAUGGAGGGGGAUCCGGCAACUUCAUGGGUCGUAGAGGAAACUUUGGAAGUGGUGGAGGGAAUUUUGACAGUGGUGGAAACUUCAGUGGAAGAGGAGGCUAUGGUGGUGGAGGAGGUGAGGGCGGAUAUAAUGGAUUUGGAGGUGAUGGUGGAAACCAUGGCGGUGGUCGGAAAAAUGACUUUGGAAAUUAUAGUGGUCAACAGCAAUCAAAUUGACCCCUGAAGGGGGUCAGUUUCGGUGGAAGAAGCUCUGGUAGUCCGUAUGGUGGUGGUUAUGGAUCUGGUGGUGGUGGAUAUGGUCAGCUUCUUGGAGGGUUCCUUCCAACAUCGCUAGUACCUAAGCUCCCUGGAGUGGAGGAAACUGGCCCUGGACAUUCAGCUGAGGUGCAGAUGAGAUGCUGUGUGCAGAUCAUGCCUGGCACUUACCUGGGGGACAUUCAGUAUUUACAUUCAUGA